AUGUCUACAAUCGAACAAGGUAUCAAUGAGCUCAAAGUGAACGAGCCUCAAGUCGCUUCCAAACCUGCUGCUGCUGAGUCUGAACAAGUUGUUACUCCCUGGGACGUUGAAGGUGCCGUUGUUGACGGUGAAGCCCAAGGUAUUGACUACGACAAAUUGAUCAAACAGUUCGGUACCAAUGCCAUUCUGCCUGAAACUUUGAACAGGUUCAAAGAAGUCACUGGUCAUGAACCUCACCCAUUUUUGAAGCGUGGUGUUUUCUUCUCCGAAAGAGACUUAGGAAGAAUCUUGUCCUUAUACGAACAAGGAAAGCCCUUCUUCUUGUACACAGGAAGAGGUCCUUCCUCUAACUCCAUGCACUUGGGACAUAUGAUCCCAUUCAUCUUCACUAAAUGGUUGCAAGAUGUGUUCGAUGUUCCAUUGGUGAUUGAAUUAACCGAUGACGAAAAGUUCCUCUUCAAGCCAAAGUUGACCAUUGAUGAUGUCAAGGGAUUCGCUAUUGACAAUGCCAAAGAUAUCAUUGCUGUAGGCUUCAACCCUGAAAAUACUUUCAUCUUCAGUGACUUACAGUACAUGAACGGAGCUUUCUACGAAAAUGUCGUGAGAACUUCCAGACAAAUUACUACAUCCACUGCUAAGGCCGUUUUUGGUUUCAAGGACUCUGAUUGUAUCGGUAAGGUGCAUUUCGCUAGUGUUCAGAUUGCAACUGCCUUCCCAUCUUCAUUCCCCGGAAUUUUGGAUUUGCCUGAUAAGACUCCAUGUUUGAUUCCUUGUGCCAUUGAUCAAGACCCAUACUUCAGAGUUUGUAGAGAUGUGGCUGAAAAGUUGAAGUUUGCCAAACCUGCUUUGAUACACGCCAAAUUUUUCCCUGCUUUACAAGGUGCCACCACCAAGAUGUCUGCUUCCAACACAACUUCAUCUAUUUUUAUGAGUGAUACACAGAAGGAGAUUAAGAACAAGAUCAACAAGUAUGCAUUCUCAGGUGGUCAGGCCUAUCUUGAAGAUCACAGAAAGUAUGGAGGAAAUCCGGAUGUUGAUGUCGCUUACCAGUACAUGACAUUCUUCGUUCAUGAUGAUGAGAAGUUGAAGACCUUGUACGAUGGUUAUAAGAAGGGUGAAGUCUUAUCAGGUGAAAUGAAGAAGGAGUGUAUUGAUGUCGUCCAGAAAUACGUCAAGGACUACCAAGAAAAGAGAGCAAAGGUUGACGACAAGACGGUGGAUAGUUUCAUGAAGCCUCACAAACUCGUCUUUGGCCAGAAGGAAAGAUUGGUCCCUGUCAAGGAGGCCCCUCCUAAGGAUUCUAAAAAGAAUUAG